GCCGUACGCGGGAGCCGUCAUCCGGUGGCGGGUCCGGGCCGCGGGGCUGGCGGGCUGAGGGGAGGAAAGAUGGCGGCAGCGGCGGCAGCUGGUGCGGCUUCUGGGCUGCCGGGUCCAGUGGCACAGGGAUUGAAGGAGGCGUUGGUGGAUACCCUCACCGGGAUCCUGUCCCCCGUGCAGGAGGUGCGGGCGGCUGCAGAGGAGCAGAUUAAGGUGCUGGAGGUGACAGAGGUAUAGCAUAAGCACUGUCCACCUGCGAAGGGCACCCCGCAAGGAUCCAGACGCACUCCUGGGCAUGUGGCGGGCACUGAACCGAGCGGAAGGCGGCCAUGCUCGGAAAAAGGCCAGUGAAUUUGGUGUUCACCUGGCAGAGUUGACUGUAGAUCCUCAGGGGGCACUGGCAAUCCGUCAGCUGGCAUCAGUCAUCUUGAAACAGUAUGUGGAAACUCACUGGUGUGCCCAAUCAGAGAAGUUCAGACCUCCGGAAACUACAGAAAGGGCAAAAAUUGUUAUCCGGGAGCUAUUACCCAACGGGUUGAGAGAAUCAAUAAGCAAAGUGCGCUCCAGUGUGGCCUAUGCUGUGUCUGCCAUUGCCCACUGGGAUUGGCCUGAAGCCUGGCCCCAACUCUUCAACCUGCUUAUGGAAAUGUUGGUGAGCGGAGACUUAAAUGCCGUCCAUGGAGCCAUGCGUGUGUUGACAGAGUUUACUCGAGAAGUGACAGACACACAGAUGCCACUUGUUGCUCCUGUCAUUCUGCCAGAGAUGUAUAAGAUAUUCACCAUGGCCGAGGUGUAUGGUAUUCGAACUCGUUCCCGAGCAGUGGAGAUUUUUACUACUUGUGCUCAUAUGAUCUGUAACAUGGAGGAACUGGAAAAAGGUGCAGCCAAAGUCCUGAUCUUCCCCGUGGUGCAGCAGUUCACAGAGGCCUUUGUUCAGGCACUCCAGAUGCCGGAUGGCCCCACAUCUGACAGUGGCUUUAAGAUGGAGGUCCUGAAGGCAGUGACAGCCUUGGUGAAAAACUUCCCAAAGCACAUGGUGUCCUCCAUGCAACAGAUCCUGCCCAUUGUUUGGAACACUCUAACUGAAAGUGCUGCCUUUUAUGUGAGGACGGAAGUGAAUUACACAGAGGAAGUGGAAGAUCCUGUGGAUUCGGAUGGAGAAGUCCUGGGCUUUGAAAACCUCGUCUUCAGCAUUUUUGAAUUUGUCCAUGCCCUACUAGAAAACAGCAAGUUCAAAAGCACCGUUAAGAAAGCUUUGCCUGAGCUCAUUUACUACAUCAUCCUGUACAUGCAGAUCACCGAGGAGCAGAUUAAAGUGUGGACAGCUAACCCACAGCAGUUUGUAGAAGACGAGGACGAUGACACCUUCUCCUACACUGUUAGGAUUGCCGCUCAAGACUUGUUGCUGGCUGUGGCCACAGAUUUCCAGAAUGAGAGUGCAGUGGCGCUGGCUACUGCAGCCACACGGCAUUUACAAGAAGCAGAGCAGACAAAAACCAGUGGCACUGAGCACUGGUGGAAGAUCCACGAGGCCUGCAUGCUUGCUCUAGGUUCUGUGAAGUCUAUCAUCACUGACAGUGUGAAAAAUGGCAGGAUCCAUUUCGAUAUGCAUGGGUUCCUGACCAAUGUCAUCCUCGCAGACCUCAACCUGUCAGCAUCUCCUUUCCUCUUGGGCCGGGCACUGUGGGCUGCCAGUCGCUUCACUGUCGCUAUGUCCCCUGAACUGAUUCAGCAGUUCCUACAGGCAACAGUUAGUGGUCUUCAUGAGACACAGCCCCCAUCAGUUCGCAUCUCUGCUGUGAGAGCCAUCUGGGGUUAUUGUGAUCAACUGAAAGUCUCAGAGAGUACACAUGUGCUUCAGCCCUUCCUCCCCAGCAUCCUUGAUGGCCUAAUUCACCUAGCAGCCCAAUUCAGCUCAGAGGUCCUCAACCUGGUGAUGGAGACCCUGUGCAUCGUUUGUACUGUUGAUCCAGAAUUCACAGCAAGCGUGGAAAACAAGAUCUGCCCCUUCACCAUCGCCAUUUUCCUAAAGUACAGUAAUGAUCCUGUUGUGGCCUCGCUGGCUCAGGACAUCUUCAAGGAGCUGUCGCAGAUUGAAGCCUGUCAAGGUCCAAUGCAGAUGAGGCUGAUUCCUACUCUGGUCAGCAUAAUGCAGGCCCCAGCAGACAAGAUCCCUGCAGGGCUCUGUGCGACAGCCAUUGACAUCUUGACUACAGUAGUUCGAAAUACCAAGCCUCCCCUUUCCCAGCUCCUCAUCUGCCAGGCUUUCCCUGCUGUGGCACAGUGCACCCUUCACACAGAUGACAAUGCCACCAUGCAGAAUGGUGGUGAGUGUUUGCGGGCCUAUGUGUCAGUGACACUGGAACAGGUAGCCCAGUGGCAUGACGAGCAAGGCCACAAUGGACUAUGGUACGUGAUGCAAGUAGUGAGCCAGCUCCUUGACCCACGAACCUCAGAGUUUACUGCAGCCUUUGUGGGCCGCCUGGUCUCCACCCUCAUCUCCAAGGCAGGGCGGGAGCUUGGGGAGAAUCUGGAUCAGAUUCUUCGUGCCAUCCUCAGUAAGAUGCAGCAGGCAGAGACACUCAGUGUCAUGCAGUCACUCAUCAUGGUGUUUGCUCAUCUGGUGCACACUCAGCUGGAACCUCUGUUGGAGUUCCUAUGUAGCCUCCCAGGACCAACUGGGAAGCCUGCCCUGGAGUUUGUGAUGGCUGAGUGGACGAGUCGGCAGCAUCUGUUCUAUGGACAGUAUGAAGGCAAAGUUAGCUCUGUGGCUCUGUGUAAACUGCUUCAGCAUGGCAUCAAUGCAGAUGACAAGCGGCUACAAGAUAUUCGUGUGAAGGGAGAAGAGAUCUACAGCAUGGAUGAGGGCAUCCGCACCCGCUCUAAGUCAGCCAAAAACCCAGAGCGCUGGACAAACAUUCCUCUGUUGGUCAAGAUUCUAAAGCUGAUUAUCAACGAGCUUUCCAAUGUCAUGGAGGCCAAUGCUGCUCGCCAGGCCACUCCUGCUGAGUGGAACCAAGAUGAUUCCAAUGAUAUGUGGGAGGACCAGGAGGAAGAGGAAGAGGAGGAGGAGGAUGGUCUAGCUGGCCAGCUUUUAUCUGACAUUCUUGCUACAAGUAAAUAUGAGGAGGAUUACUAUGAAGACGAUGAGGAAGAUGAUCCCGAUGCCCUGAAGGAUCCUCUCUAUCAGAUUGAUCUACAGGCGUAUCUCACAGACUUCCUUUGCCAGUUUGCUCAGCAGCCCUGUUACAUAAUGUUUUCAUGCCACCUUAACGACAACGAGAGGCGGGUCCUACAGACCAUCGGCAUCUAAAAAGGAGAGUCUUCAGCCUGUGCUCCCUCUCCUGGCCCAGCCGCAGAACUUUCUCCAGCCCUCUCCGGCCUUGAGAUGCACUUUUUCUCAGCCUGGAGUGGCUUCUGGCCUUCGGCCUCAACAGUGAUACUGACACUCGGCCCUUGCUUACCAGGGCUGGUAUUUUAAAAGCUAAAGCAAAGAACAUUUAUCAAAGUCCUGUGAAGAUACCCCAAAUCUGGAACUGUCUUUCUCCCCAGCGUUGCCCCCCUUCCUUCCUAGCAUCCUCUGUUGGCCAGACCAGGAACAUUGAUACCCAGGAUGUGGAUUCCUGAUUAUUUUGCCCCACCUCAGGAACACAGGAAGUCAUUUCCAUUAAUAUUCAGAAACACACCUGUUUUCUUUCAUAGGACAUCUGAUGUGUUCAGUUAGGAACCCCGUGAGAGAUCAUUAUGCUUUCUGCCCUCGGCCAGUGAUGCUCUAGGUUUUCAGUAAGGAGAAGCUGGAGCAGCCACAUACUAAGCCAUUACCAGUAACCUCACCUUCAUGCUUUCCUCAUGCAACACUAAGGGUCCUCUGUGAAAGGCUCCAUCUUCCCAUCUUUGCUUCAUUGCAUGACACAGCCCCUCCCCCAGGCUGUUCCUAUAUAUACAUGCAUACACAAAGCAAGCCAGACAGAUGGCAACUUGUCUUUUUUUUUUUUUUUUAAGAAAAAAGAAAUCAGGAAAGAGAUUUUUAUUUCUAAAUCUGCCUGACCCAUCCAUAUUUAAUCUGCCUCUUCUGCACAUAACCACGGAGUCUGAUAUUCAAAGGUAUCCCUAUCCCUCAGGAAUCCUCUGAAGUGGUUGAGUUGUAGCCCUCGAAUUUGCAACAUGUAUUUUUCUAGGACAGUAAAGCAAUCUUUACAAAUGACUUUAGCCUGCAUACUCUAAGGUAUCUCAACCUCGACCUUCUGUUUCUCCCUCCAGAAGCAAAGUAAAAACAGGAGAAAGCAUAGCAUAUUUUGGCAUCCUACUAGGAUUUGGCAAGCAGCUCAGAAAUCUUAGAGAACUGGUAUUUUUCAUCCAAAUAUGUUUAAAGAGUCACCGGUACAGCAUGUGGAGGAUGGCCCAGGGUUCAUUCCCCAGUACUGCAAAAAUAAGGGCAUCCCGCAGUGGGCUUCCCUUGUGUUAUGAGUUGAGAAUGGGUGAAGAUUAAGAGCAGAGUAGUUGUCUCAUGUCCCUUUGUUUGGUAGUGCCCAGGUCUGGUGCUCCAUUUUUAAUAGCUGGAGCUUUUUCUUUGGGGUGAUGCUCUAACAAAAAGGAAAGGGGCUGUAGCGGUAACUUGAGCUCCACUCAAGCAGAGGGGUAACUGUGUAGCAUGUCUAAGGCCUUUCCUGGGACCUAAGAACUUGGCAGCUUGUUACUGACUGAGCCACCAGAUGUCCUUAGUGCUCCACCUUGAGUUCAGAAGCACUAACUAAAGUUAACACUUUUAUUUUUUUAAGAGCCUAAGGAAGUGUGUAUAGUUGUCUUCUGGCUGGCGGUGUGGAGACCAGUAUUCCUCUACCCUUGCUGCUUUUCCUCCUGAAGUUGAAGUUCCCGAUAAAGAGAAAUGAUAACAUACCUGCCCAAUGGUACCAAAAAAAAAAAAAAAAAAAAAACCACAGUAGGAGCUUUGGAACCUCGUUCUAUAGUUGACCUCAAAGUCAACUAGAUUUGGUGCUAAAAACAGUAGACCAUUCCACAUGAUUAAGUUGUCUAAUGGUUUUGACACAUUAGAGUGGUACCAGGUUAGCAGCAUUGGAGGAAGCUUGGAGACCCCAGUCCAUAUGCCAACAGUGAUGUGGGUUCAUUCUAAGCCUGCACGUUAGAACAGUUCCCAAUGUGUAGUGCCAAAAUUAGUCCAAAGGGCCUGUCCUGUUCUCAUGGUUCACUUUUGGUAGAAGGGCUAAGCUCCUGGCUUAAGAAAACUUGAAAAACAGGUUCGUAGGAAGCCAUCCUGACCAACAUACAUAACUGAUUGGAAGUGGAGGGGCUUAUGCACCUGAUGGACGGAUGCUUGUGUUUUCAGAGCAGUUAACUCCUGCAACAGUGAAAUCUCCCAUCCUGCUGAGAGACUGUUCCUAAGAGCAAGGAGAAAGUUCCGUUGGUGACGAAGUUGAACUCUGGCUCAUAUUUUAUCUCCUACGAAAGCCAACUUUAUUUGGGAAAGGGGCGAGGCGGACUGUUGAAGACUAAGAAAAGACCAGUGAACUCAUGAGAGGUGUGGGCUCCCUCUGAUCAAAGGUUUCCAGGUUGUGGGUGAAACACUGGAGAGCUAGGAAGCAGAUGAGAUUCCAAGAAAGAGUUGUUCCGCCAAUCCCUGACUAAGACGCAUGAACCUACCACAGAUGGUUGGAAAGCAGAUGACUGUCAGCAGGGAAAGCAGUGGCUGGGGCUGAGAUAGAUGGUCACUGUGAACUAGGAGCUAACAUGGUAAGCUAAUGGAAACAAGCUGCAGCUCUUGUUAGCUGUCCUAAAAACCCCAGAGAAGUGAAAUGAGCACUGACCAGCCAAGCUACAAGUCAGCCCUUUGUGGGAGAACUGGGUGGGUCUUUACUGUGGAGAUAAGUGGGUUUAUUUAUGCCAAGACAUUUUAAGCCAUUUGCAAAAGAAACUGACCUACACAAGGAAAGAAUGCUCAUCAAAUCUUAGAUGACAGGAAACCCCUAGGAAGGGUGACAUUUAGGAUCCAAGUAGAUCAAGUAUAAGAAAAGGAGAUUGGUGACAGUAUUUAUCAGGAAGAUUGAAGAUUUGAGUACUGUGUACCUCAUUAAAAGUACUGAGUGUUAGGAGUCCAGAAAACUCCAGUGUGAGCCCAGGUUAUGUCUAGGAUGCUGCAGGUUUUCCUCCUCUGUCCCUCAGGGAUCCUGACCAAUGACAGUACCCUGUGAAAGGACAUCCAAGACCUACACUGUUUAGGGGAAGUGGUGACGUGGCUGAGAAGGUUGAGCUCAGUACAGCCUCAGCACUCAUGGGUUUGUUCAGACAAGUGCUGCACUGCGCCGGCCCGGGACGGAAUAAAAGGUGCAUUUCUGGC